AUGGCGAUCACACUAUUGGACCCCAACUCCACUACAUCAUCUCUAUUUUUCUCUCCUGUGGAGGACAGCCACAAUGUCUCAGUGAACCGUACCUCCUCUCGUCAAUAUCAUUAUCCAAACAUCACCUACGUGGACUUCUAUCUGCACGAGCCCUUGGUGUCUGCUAUCUUCAUUGUAUCCUACCUCCUCAUCUUUAUUGUGUGCAUGGUGGGAAAUGGAGUGGUGUGCUUUAUUGUGCUAAGGAGCAAGAAUAUGCGCACGGUCACCAAUAUCUUUAUUCUCAACCUGGCCAUCAGUGACCUGUUGGUUGGCAUCUUCUGCAUGCCCACAACAUUGGUGGACAACAUCAUCACAGGCUGGCCUUUUGGCAGUUUGGUGUGUAAGCUGAGUGGGAUGGUGCAGGGAAUAUCGGUAUCCGCCUCUGUCUUCACUUUAGUGGCCAUCGCUGUGGACAGAUUCCGCUGCAUUGUCUAUCCCUUCAAACAGAAGCUCACUAUCUCCACCUCCACCCUCAUCAUUGUCAUCAUCUGGGUUCUGGCUAUCUCCAUCAUGUGUCCGUCUGGUGUUAUGCUACAGGUCACCAAAGAGCACAGGGUCUCCAUCUUGCUAAGUGAUGGCAACACCACGCAACCCUUCUACUGGUGCCGUGAAAACUGGCCAAACCAGGAGAUGCGCAAGAUUUACACCACAGUUCUCUUCGCUAACAUUUAUUUGGCACCUUUGACCCUGAUUGUCAUUAUGUACGCUCGGAUUGGAAUCACACUCUUCAAAACAUCAAUCCCUGCCGCUGUGAGCCAAGUUGGGACCUCAGGCUCCGGUUCUGGCUCUGGAAAACAUAGCAGAUAUGAAAGUCGUCAACUGGUGUCCCGGAAAAAGAAGCGGGUCAUUAAAAUGUUGCUAGUGGUGGCCCUGCUCUUCAUCCUGUCAUGGUUACCAUUGUGGGCUCUCAUGAUGCUGAGCGACUACGCAAGCUUGAGUGAGCAUCAGCAUCGCGUCAUAAAUAUCUAUUUUUAUCCUCUGGCUCACUGGCUGGCGUUCUGUAACAGCAGCGUCAAUCCCAUAGUCUAUGGGUUUUUCAAUGAGAACUUCCGUAAAGGUUUCAAGGCGGCCUUUAAGCUUCAGCUCUGCUCAGCCCUUUUGGGGGAGAGAAGAAGCUACUCCCACCGACUGCAGGGGAAUGCUGUAUUGCCUGCCAGCUUGCCCAUGAUCAAGGUGUCUGCACUGGAGGCUGGGGGUCCCAGACCAGGGCAAGGGCUCAUCCAAGGGUUGGUGUCUUUGGGCAAUGGUGAAAGAAGCCAGUCUUCAGGCCAGGAGAACAUAAAAGAACAGGAUUUGAUCAUGGAAGAUCUGGAGAAGGUAAUGUAUGAUUUAUAGGUGCUUAAUGAUCUUCAUGGAACCUGUUCAAAGGUACUGUGCACCCAGAUGAUUUUUCCCCUCUCUUUGACUGUUUUACUGCUGGGGGACACCAUGAGUUCGUCUUUUAUCUUAUUUCAUCUCUUUCAUCUUCUAGGCAAGGAUGUGCUCUGCCUUUUCUCAUAUAACAUUUUAAGACAAUAAUCAUUCCAGAAAGGCAGUCUAAACUGGAGGGUUUCAUUUUCAGCAAUUGUGUGUGACAAACACAAACAAGGUCAUUUUGUGGACCUAGCUUUGACUUAAUAAGAUGAGAAAUGAAAUGACAUCUUACUGGAUGCCAAAUUAUGCCCAAUGUCUUUCAUGGAUGUUCGCGCUUACACCCAGUUUAACCUGAGGAAUACACCCUGAGGUUCAUUUAAAAUUACACCAAAUGUCAAGACCACAACUAAUACAGAUACUCCCAUGGGAA